CGCCGAGGGACCCGGAUGCCCCGCCCCCCGCGGUCCUCCCAGCAGGAAGCGAGGAGAGAGCGCGUGCGCAGAAGGUUGGCCUUGCGCGUGCGCACUACCCGCGCCCGCGUGACCCCGCCCACCGCAGCUUUCCCACGGGCUCCGCACCCGGAAACGCAGGUGCGCGCUCAGGGCCCCGAGCUCCCCGCAGGCGGAUGGGUGUGCGCCGCCGGCGAUGAUGUGAGCAGGCCCCGGGCGAGGGGCGCUGCCAGAUACUCCUGUUAUAUGAAGUUGAACAUGGAGGAAGAAGAGGACUAUAUGUCUGAUUCCUUCAUUAAUGUCCAAGAAGAUAUCAGACCAGGAUUGCCAAUGCUAAGGCAAGUUCGAGAAGCCCGUCGAAAAGAAGAAAAGCAACAAGAAGCUAAUUUGAAAAACAGGCAGAAGAGUGUAAAGGAAGAAGAACGAGAAAGACGGGACAUUGGGUUGAAGAAUGCACUAGGCUGUGACAACAAAGGGUUUGCUUUGCUCCAGAAGAUGGGAUAUAAAAGUGGUCAGGCCCUUGGCAAGAGUGGAGAUGGUAUUGUUGAACCAAUUCCUCUCAAUGUCAAAACAGGGAAAAGUGGCAUUGGCCAUGAGACUUUAUUAAAACGGAAAGCAGAGGAAAAAUUAGAAAGCUACAGAAGAAAGAUUCACAUGAAAAACAAAGCUGAAGAAAAUGCUGCAGAACAGUUCCGAAUGCGACUUAAAAGCAAGCAAGAUGAAAUGAAGCUGGAAGGAGAUCUUAGAAGAAGCCAAAGAGCCUGUCAACAAUUGGAUACUCAGAAGAAUAUACAGGUUCCCAGAGAGGCCUGGUACUGGCUGAAGCUUGAAGAGGAGACUGAAGAAGAGGAAGAGGAAGAAAACAAACAAGAUGAAGAUGAAUAUGAGAGUGAAGAUUUAAGUGUACUGGACAAAUUACAGAUAUUGACGAGUUAUUUAAGAGAAGAACAUCUGUAUUGUAUUUGGUGUGGAACAGCCUAUGAAGAUAAAGAAGACCUGUCUUCAAAUUGCCCAGGACCGACUUCUACAGAUCAUGACUAAGUUUCUCAAUGAAGUAGAAACUUGGAAAAUGCUGUUGUUUCCUAGACAGUUAAGCAGUUAGAAUUCCCAAAAAUUUUUAUGCCAAAUCUUUGUUUUUGUGGGGGGUUUUUUGCACUGUAGAAGUACUUUGUACUUUGGAAUAUAAAAGUUCAUGGACUCCAAUAAAGUAAUGGAAUACUUUUUCAGAACACCAGAUGGGCCAUUACAAGUUAUGGCUCUAUUGUGAUGCUUAUGGAAUUUAAGGACAUCAACAGGUAACUGUUAUUCUCCACUUUGGAACAAGUU